AACGUUGAAGACGCGGUCACAGUCAAAUUGCGUCAUCAGUAGUGGACGAAGUAUGUCCCUGGUACUAGAAAGUCCAUGCAAACUGCAUUCAACUCACAAAAAUUAUGGCCUCAGACGAUGCAUUUAAAGUGAGUUCUCUGAAGGGGAAAGUGACCCUGAUAACGGGUGCCAGCUCAGGCAUUGGAGCGGGUACGAGCCUCUUAUUUGCCAAACUCGGGGCCCUGUUGGCUCUUAACGGCCGCGACGUGGAAAACCUCAACAAAAUAGCCAAACAGUGCACCGACUGUGGAGCUGCCCAGCCUCUGCUCGUUCCUGGAGACCUGACUGAUGAGGAGACGGUGAAGAAGACAGUGGAGCAGAUCAUUGCUCACUUCGGUCGCCUGGAUGUCCUGGUUAACAGCGCUGGUAUCUUGGCCAUGGGUGGCAUCGAGACAACAGACCUAGCCCAGUAUGACAAGGUCAUGAACAUCAAUGUCAGAUCUGUAUACCACCUGACUCAACUUUGUGUGCCACACCUGAUCAAGACCAAAGGCUCCAUCGUCAAUGUAUCCAGUGUCAAUGGACAGAGAUCAUUCCCUGGUGUGCUGGCCUAUUGCAUGUCCAAGUCUGCCAUUGACCAGUUCACACGCUGUAUAGCACUUGAGUUGGCAUCAAAGCAAGUCAGAGUGAACUCUGUAUGCCCGGGUGUGAUCAUCACAGAUGUCCACAAAAGAGCAGGACUGGAUGAAGAUCAGUACGCUCAGUUUCUUGCAAAAUGUAAGCAGACCCACGCCCUUGGUCGACCAGGUGAGGUGGAGGAAGUGGCCCACAGUAUUGCGUUCCUGGCAUCUGACGCUGCCAGCUUCAUCACUGGAGUCAACCUACCUAUUGAUGGAGGUCGCCAUGCCAUGUGCCCAAGAUAAGACUAUGUAACUUACAACAUACAACAUACAGCAGUCUGUUAAUAUAUUGCUUUCAAACUCCCAA